AUGUAUUACCAAAACCAGCACCAAGGAAAGAACAUCCUCACUUCUUCAAGAAUGCACAUACAAUCGGAAAGGCAUCCAUUCCUUAGAGGAGGGAAUAGUCCAGGAGAUUCCGGACUCAUUCUUUCAACCGAUGCAAAGCCACGCCUAAAAUGGACUCCAGAUCUUCACGAGAGAUUCAUCGAAGCUGUCAAUCAACUCGGUGGAGCAGAUAAAGCUACUCCUAAGACAAUCAUGAAAGUUAUGGGUAUUCCAGGCCUUACCUUAUACCAUCUCAAAAGUCAUCUUCAGAAAUACAGGCUGAGCAAGAAUCUCAACGGACAAGCUAACAGUGGCUUAAACAAGAUAGGUAUGAUGACCAUGAUGGAAGAAAAGACACCUGAUGCAGACGAAAUUCAAAGCGAGAGUUUAAGCAUUGGACCACAGCCAAACAAGAACUCGCCAAUAGGUGAAGCACUGCAAAUGCAAAUAGAGGUUCAAAGAAGGCUUCAUGAACAACUUGAGGUACAGCGACAUUUGCAGCUCAGGAUAGAGGCUCAAGGGAAAUACCUGCAGUCGGUUUUGGAGAAAGCACAAGAGACUCUUGGAAGACAGAACCUCGGUGCAGCUGGACUCGAAGCUGCCAAAGUUCAACUCUCUGAAUUAGUAUCAAAAGUAUCAGCAGAAUACCCAAACUCUAGUUUCCUAGAAACAAAAGAACUUCAAAAUCUAUGCCCUCAACCUACUUACCCACCUGAUUGCUCUCUGGAAAGUUGCUUAACCUCAAGCGAGGGAACUCAGAAAAACCCGAAAAUGUUAGAGAGCAACAGAUUAGGACUAAGAACGUAUCUCGGCGAUUCAACAUCCGAGCAGAAAGAGGUUAUGGAAGAACCAUUGUUCCAAAGGAUGGAGCUCACAUGGACAGAAGGUCUAAGAAGGAAUCCAUAUCUUUCAACAAUGGUUAACGAUGCAGAACAAAGAAGUCCUGGUAGAUUGUCAAUAGGAGUAGGAUUGCAAGGACACAGAGGUCAUCAACAAAGCAACAACGAGUAUACAGAGGAAAGAUUCAAAGCCAAAAGUGAAGAUCAUAAGCUUGAAACCAGAAGCAGGAAAGGCAUGGAUUCAAUAACAGAGCUAGAUCUUAACACACAUGUUGAUAACUAUUGUACAACGCGUCCCAAACAGUUCGAUUUGAAUGGUUUCAGCUGGAACUAA